CAUAGGCACGAGAGGAGAGCGGCCUCCCCAGCCACCCACUCUUUAUUGCUAUAACAACCAAAGGCGCGGUCAAGCAGGCGGCGUGACUCAAUAGAAUAGCGUUUCAAUUCAGACGGACACCGACCGACCGACACCUCCAACCGGAGUCAUCUUUCUGUCAAGUAACAUAGCCUAAACAGGAAUCCCAGAGAGCUGUAAUGAAUUGUUGCAGAGUGAAUGAGCCUGUUACGUCAGAGAUUAGGCUGGUGUUAUAACCUGUAGGUAGGCUGCUACGUGUAACUGGUGGUAGGGCUGUAGUCUACUGUACAGUAGGACAACCUUUGCUUUCGCAGCGCAGCGGUUGUAUGGAUGGGCUGAGCAAAAGCAAAGUAAAAGUAACUGGGCGACAAUCGGGAAGAAACCCUAUUCAGUCGUACUUUUUGUCGACUAGAGAGAGACGGGCCACCAUCCCCACUGAGUCAGCACGAGAAGGUGACAUUCUUUGUGAAGCGGUACCUCUAAUCUUCCCCGUGACGACAUGGCGAGUGAGAACGGAGAGUCUGGGGGGGGGUCUUGGAAGAAGAUGGUCGAUGAUAUCAAGAAGGUAUUCGAGUUCAAACAAGUCCUUGGAACUGGUGCAUUCUCGGAAGUGGUAAUGGCCAGGGAGAAGACCACAGGGAAGAUGGUUGCAGUGAAGUGUAUCGCUAAGAAAGCACUGAAGGGGAAGGAGACCAGCAUCGAGAAUGAAAUCGCCGUGCUGAGGAAGAUAAAACAUGAGAACAUUGUGGCUUUGGAGGACAUCUACGAGAGCCCCAACCACCUAUACCUCAUCAUGCAGUUGGUGUCUGGUGGGGAGUUGUUUGACCGCAUCGUAGAGAAGGGCUUCUACACAGAGAUGGACGCCAGCAGGCUCAUUAAACAGGUGCUGAAUGCUGUCAACUACCUCCACGACAUGGGCAUCGUACACAGAGACCUCAAGCCAGAGAACCUUCUCUACUACAACCCCCAUGAUGAGGCUAAGAUCAUGAUCAGUGACUUUGGUCUGUCUAAGAUGGAGGGGACAGGAGACGUGAUGGCUACAGCCUGUGGGACGCCAGGAUAUGUGGCCCCAGAGGUUCUGGCUCAGAAGCCCUACAGCAAAGCAGUGGACUGCUGGUCUAUCGGAGUCAUCGCUUACAUUCUGUUGUGUGGCUACCCUCCGUUCUAUGAUGAAAAUGACUCCAAGCUCUUCGAGCAGAUACUCAAGGCCGACUAUGAGUUUGAUGCACCGUAUUGGGAUGAUAUAUCUGACUCAGCCAAACAGUUCAUCAGCUCUCUGAUGGAGAAGGAUCCAGAGAAGAGAUUCACCUGUGACCAGGCUCUAGCCCACCCCUGGAUUGCUGGGGACACGGCUCUCUGCAAGAACAUCCAUGAAUCAGUCAGUCGGCAGAUGAGGAAAAACUUUGCCAAAAGCAAAUGGAGGCAAGCGUUUAACGCCACAGCAGUGAUCCGUCACAUGAGGCGUCUCCAGUUGGGCAGUAGUCUGGGCAACAGCUUUGGAGGCAGUAUGAGUAUGGACCAACCAGGACAGAACUCUAUGCCAGCCAAGAGCAUGUCUGUAGACUGUGCCUCCCUCUCACGCAAAGACGGUCCUCUACAACCUCUGUCCACUCUGCCUCCUCUGCCAUCCUCCCCUGCAGCCUGCAGCGCCCCCGUUAGCAUCGGAGUGGAACCACAUGUAGAACCAGAGGCGGUGGCUCCAGCGCCCCGGCCACGCCCCUCCACGGUCACCACCAUCCACACGGGGACUAAAUGACAUCAGGUUCCACGGGAGGUCAGCUGGGAGACCACAGAGCUUUGAGUCGGGAUUCCAUGAUUACAAUUCCGCCGCUCAGAAUUCCACAAUUGGUCUCUCCUAGUCGGCCCACCCCGCCCAUUCUCAGCUGCUGGGAUUGAGAACCUGAGGAGCUGUUCAAGGAUCCAUUUACCAUGGAUCAGCACUCUGAUGUCCGUACCCACCACAGGAGGUGUAUUCAGUGAUGAGAAAUAGAAUAGGAAAUCCUGUCAGCUCUCGUCAUUCUAUCUAACUUAUCUGUUCUACACCAUACAUUCCUAUCUGAACAUUCUGCCUGGUCUGGUGGAGAAGAGAUGAGGACCACUGACUGUCUCGCUCUGUCCUCCUGACCAGAGGGUGGCCAGUGGGGUCAGUCUCCCAGUGCUUGAAUUGGGUCGGUACGGAGUAAUUGCAACCUCAAAUGUUCACCUCUUAUUGAAUAUUCACUCUAAACAUUGUAUAGUUUCAGCCAGUAGUUUUGAAAGUAGUGCUCCCCCCCCCAGGCGCAUUUGUUAUUGGUUUUGUUUUGAGGAAAUUAGCAUCCGGCAUCGUAGUAAAAACUAUUGGUUGUUUUGCAGUAACGUCUUUGUUGUCUUAAUAUCGCAGUUUCACCGCUACGGAUUGCAGCUUUAAGAUCCUAUUCCAUCUCUUUAAAAUAUGGUACUGUAAAAUUAAAAUGACCACCUGAAAUCUUUUUCAUAGCACUGCCAUGUUGUAAGACUGUCCACCGAGAGACAAAAAGAAGCCCUGUUUGUAUGGGGGUGUUAGGAGGCCACACUAUGGGAACUCACCAGGUUUUUAUUAGUAGUCUUAAUUAUUGAGCCUGCUGUAACUCUGUGAGACUGUGAGACUGCUGUAACUCUGUGAGACUGUGAGCCUGCUGUAACUCUGUGAGACUGCUGUAACUCUGUGAGACUGCUGUAACUCUGUGAGACUGCUGUAACUCUGUGAGACUGUGAGACUGCUGUAACUCUGUGAGACUGUGAGACUGCUGUAACUCUGUGAGACUGCUGUAACUCUGUGAGACUGCUGUAACUCUGUGAGACUGCUGUAACUCUGUGAAACUGUGAGACUGCUGUAACUCUGUGAGACUGCUGUAACUCUGUGAGACUGUGAGACUGCUGUAACUCUGUGAGACUGUGAGACUGCUGUAACUCUGUGAGACUGCUGUAACUCUGUGAGACUGCUGUAACUCUGUGAGACUGCUGUAACUCUGGGAGACUGCUGUAACUCUGGGAGACUGCUGUAACUCUGAGACUGCUGUAACUCUGUGAGACUGCUGUAACUCUGGUGAGACUGCUGUAACUCUGGUGAGACUGCUGUAACUCUGGGAGACUGCUGUAACUCUGUGAGACUGCUGUAACUCUGUGAGACUGCUGUAACUCUGGUGAGACUGCUGUAACUCUGUGAGACUGGGAGACUGCUGUAACUCUGGGAGACUGCUGUAACUCUGGGAGACUGCUGUAACUCUGGGAGACUGCUGUAACUCUGGGAGACUGCUGUAACUCUGGUGAGACUGCUGUAACUCUGGGAGACUGCUGUAACUCUGAGACUGCUGUAACUCUGUGAGACUGCUGUAACUCUGUGAUACUGCUGUAACUCUGGGAGACGCUGUAACUCUGGGAGACGCUGUAACUCUGGUGAGACUGCUGUAACUCUGGGAGACUGCUGUAACUCUGGGAGACUGCUGUAACUCUGGGAGACUGCUGUAACUCUGGGAGACUGCUGUAACUCUGGGAGACGCUGUAACUCUGGGAGACGCUGUAACUCUGGUGAGACUGCUGUAACUCUGGGAGACUGCUGUAACUCUGGGAGACUGCUGUAACUCUGGGAGACUGCUGUAACUCUGGGAGACUGCUGUAACUCUGGGAGACUGCUGUAACUCUGGUGAGACUGCUGUAACUCUGGUGAGACUGCUGUAACUCUGUGAGACUGCUGUAACUCUGGUGAGACUGCUGUAACUCUGUGAGACUGCUGUAACUCUGGGAGACUGCUGUAACUCUGGUGAGACUGCUGUAACUCUGGGAGACUGCUGUAACUCUGGGAGACUGCUGUAACUCUGGGAGACUGCUGUAACUCUGGGAGACUGCUGUAACUCUGGGAGACUGCUGUAACUCUGGUGAGACUGCUGUAACUCUGGGAGACUGCUGUAACUCUGGGAGACUGCUGUAACUCUGGUGAGACUGCUGUAACUCUGGUGAGACUGCUGUAACUCUGUGAGACUGCUGUAACUCUGGUGAGACUGCUGUAACUCUGGUGAGACUGCUGUAACUCUGGUGAGACUGCUGUAACUCUGUGAGACUGCUGUAACUCUGGUGAGACUGCUGUAACUCUGUGAGACUGCUGUAACUCUGUGAGACUGUGAGACUGCUGUAACUCUGGUGAGACUGCUGUAACUCUGGUGAGACUGCUGUAACUCUGGUGAGACUGCUGUAACUCUGUGAGACUGCUGUAACUCUGUGAGACUGUGAGACUGCUGUAACUCUGUGAGACUGCUGUAACUCUGGUGAGACUGCUGUAACUCUGUGAGACUGUGAGACUGCUGUAACUCUGUGAGACUGUGAGACUGCUGUAACUCUGUGAGACUGCUGUAACUCUGUGAGACUGCUGUAACUCUGGUGAGACUGCUGUAACUCUGUGAGACUGCUGUAACUCUGGUGAGACUGCUGUAACUCUGUGAGACUGCUGUAACUCUGUGAGACUGCUGUAACUCUGGUGAGACUGCUGUAACUCUGUGAGACUGUGAGACUGCUGUAACUCUGUGAGACUGCUGUAACUCUGGUGAGACUGCUGUAACUCUGUGAGACUGUGAGACUGCUGUAACUCUGGGAGACUGCUGUAACUCAGACGGGGAGUGUUGGGCACAGAACACCCUCUAUGCCUUGUGUUUAACAUCGCACAUGGAAACCAUGGAAAGCGUUGAGUGGAGUUAGUGUUUCAUGCAACUGAAACGGAGCAUUCAAGGAUAAAAUAGUAAUUCCAUAUUAUUCUCAAUCAUAUUUCUAAUUGUUUUAAAAGCUUGAAUGUUUUGCUGCAGUUGUUGUUCCGGUUGAGUACUUCACUGUUUCGUUGUUCCCAACUGUAGGAGAGAGCUGUUGUAUAUUUGCUUUGCGUUUUCUGGAUUUAGAAUGUCAGUGAAAUAAAUAAAUAGAUAUCUGCAGAGUCAUGCACCCACACAUCUGUGAAAGACGUGCUUUAGUAGUGAGAGAUGACCAAAUCAGUUUUGAUAUUACUGUAGUGGCAGUUCUGAUUUGAUUGUACACUUUUCCUAAUGGAAAGGUAUGUAUUAUGUAUUGUCUUAUAUUUAAUAACAUCUGUAAGAACAGUACUUACAUGUACGUGUGUUACUAGACUUUUACGUUGAAAUAUAUAAAUGGAAACGGAUGUUAUGUUAAUAGAUAAAGGUAUAGUUAAUGCUUUGUCGUUUAGUAUUUUAUUUGACGGACGUUUAGGUUUCAUUGCGAUGGAACUGUGAAGACAUCCUUAGCAUAAGGAUGCAGUGUAUGAACACAACAUUGUGACCAGUUCUCAGGGAAAUUCUUUGAGGAACAUUUGAGGGCAUGAAACCCCAGUUAUGGUGAUGAAGUUGAUGAUGAUGAAGAUGAUACAUGUAUUGACUAAAGCACACGUUGCAUAUUAUUACGUGCCAUCAGUACAGUUGGGCUCAUAAUUCAUAGCCUUGUGAGGGCAGUUUGAUAUGUCCCAUAGCUGGGGGUUUGUUUUAGAUUUCUAUAAUACAAGGCUAAGAAUGAAAUAAGGCAUAUGAUAACUAUUAACACUGUACUGUAGUUUUAUUUAAACACUGAAAAUGACAAACUACGAAAUAAAGAUUGAAGUCAUUUGAUAA